GGAGCCCGGGUCCCCGUUCUGCCCGGGCUGGAUGGCUCAUUCUGCUGGCUGCGCGGUGGCGGCGGCUGUGUGUGCGCCGCGCCUCGCCGCUCCCCCCCGGCCCCCCGAGCCCGGGGCGCGCGCUGCCGCCCGGGCCCCGCGGCGCCGCGGCCCGAGGCCCCGGGAAGCGCAGCCAUGGCCCUGCGGAGGCUGGGGGCCGCGCUGCUGCUGCUGCCUCUGCUCGCCGCGGUGGAAGAAACGUUGAUGGACUCCACCACAGCGACCGCGGAGCUGGGCUGGAUCGUGCAUCCACCAUCAGGGUGGGAAGAAGUGAGCGGCUACGAUGAGAACAUGAACACGAUCCGCACGUACCAGGUGUGCAAUGUGUUUGAGUCGAGCCAGAACAACUGGCUACGGACCAAGUUCAUCCGGCGCCGGGGCGCCCACCGCAUCCACGUGGAGAUGAAGUUCUCGGUGCGUGACUGCAGCAGCAUCCCCAGCGUGCCCGGCUCCUGCAAGGAGACCUUCAACCUCUAUUACUAUGAGGCCGACUUCGACUCGGCCACCAAGACCUUCCCCAACUGGAUGGAGAAUCCGUGGGUGAAGGUGGACACCAUCGCGGCCGACGAGAGCUUCUCGCAGGUGGACCUGGGCGGCCGGGUCAUGAAGAUCAACACCGAGGUGCGGAGCUUCGGGCCUGUGUCCCGCAGCGGCUUCUACCUGGCCUUCCAGGACUACGGCGGCUGCAUGUCCCUCAUCGCGGUGCGCGUCUUCUACCGCAAGUGUCCCCGCGUCAUCCAGAACGGCGCUGUCUUCCAAGAGACCCUGUCGGGGGCCGAGAGCACCUCGCUGGUGGCCGCCCGGGGCAGUUGCAUUGCCAACGCCGAGGAGGUGGAUGUGCCUAUCAAGCUCUACUGUAACGGGGACGGCGAGUGGCUGGUGCCCAUCGGACGCUGCAUGUGCAAAGCGGGCUUCGAGGCGGCGGAGAACGGCACGGUCUGCAGAGGUUGCCCAUCUGGAACCUUCAAAGCCAACCAGGGGGACGAGGCCUGCACGCACUGUCCCAUCAACAGCCGGACCACCUCGGAGGGGGCGACCAACUGUGUGUGCCGGAACGGCUACUACCGAGCCGACCUGGACCCCCUCGACAUGCCGUGUACAACCAUUCCCUCCGCGCCCCAGGCGGUGAUCUCCAGUGUCAACGAGACCUCCCUCAUGCUGGAGUGGACCCCGCCCCGCGAUUCAGGGGGCCGCGAGGACCUGGUCUACAACAUCAUCUGCAAGAGCUGUGGCUCAGGCCGCGGUGCCUGCACGCGCUGUGGGGACAACGUGCAGUACGCGCCGCGCCAGCUGGGCCUGACCGAGCCGCGCAUCUACAUCAGCGACCUGCUGGCCCACACACAGUACACCUUCGAGAUCCAGGCCGUGAACGGCGUCACCGACCAGAGCCCCUUCUCACCUCAGUUCGCCUCCGUGAACAUCACCACCAACCAGGCAGCUCCAUCAGCCGUGUCCAUCAUGCAUCAGGUGAGCCGCACCGUGGACAGCAUCACCCUGUCGUGGUCCCAGCCUGACCAGCCCAACGGUGUCAUCCUGGACUAUGAGCUACAGUACUAUGAGAAGGAGCUCAGUGAGUACAACGCCACAGCCAUAAAAAGCCCCACCAACACGGUCACUGUGCAGGGCCUCAAAGCCGGCGCCAUCUAUGUCUUCCAGGUGCGGGCACGCACCGUGGCGGGCUACGGGCGCUACAGCGGCAAGAUGUACUUCCAGACCAUGACAGAAGCCGAGUACCAGACCAGCAUCCAGGAGAAGCUGCCGCUCAUUAUCGGCUCUUCAGCGGCUGGCCUGGUCUUCCUCAUCGCUGUGGUCGUCAUUGCCAUCGUGUGCAACAGAAGACGGGGGUUUGAGCGUGCUGACUCGGAGUACACGGACAAGCUGCAGCACUACACCAGUGGCCACAUGACCCCAGGCAUGAAGAUCUACAUCGACCCUUUCACCUAUGAGGACCCCAAUGAGGCAGUGCGGGAGUUUGCCAAGGAAAUUGACAUCUCCUGUGUCAAAAUUGAGCAGGUGAUUGGAGCAGGGGAGUUUGGCGAGGUAUGCAGUGGCCACCUAAAACUACCGGGCAAGAGAGAGAUCUUUGUAGCCAUCAAGACGCUCAAGUCAGGCUAUACUGAGAAGCAGCGCCGGGACUUCCUGAGUGAGGCCUCCAUCAUGGGCCAGUUCGACCACCCCAACGUCAUCCACCUGGAGGGUGUUGUCACCAAGAGCACGCCUGUGAUGAUCAUCACCGAGUUCAUGGAGAACGGCUCCCUGGACUCCUUCCUCCGGCAAAACGACGGGCAGUUCACAGUCAUCCAGCUGGUGGGCAUGCUGCGGGGAAUCGCGGCCGGCAUGAAGUACCUGGCAGACAUGAACUACGUCCACCGAGACCUGGCCGCCCGUAACAUCCUGGUGAACAGCAACCUGGUCUGCAAGGUGUCUGACUUCGGGCUCUCACGCUUUCUGGAGGACGACACCUCAGACCCCACGUACACCAGCGCGCUGGGUGGGAAGAUUCCCAUCCGCUGGACGGCCCCAGAAGCCAUCCAGUACCGGAAGUUCACCUCAGCCAGUGAUGUGUGGAGCUAUGGAAUCGUCAUGUGGGAGGUGAUGUCCUACGGGGAGCGACCCUACUGGGACAUGACCAACCAGGACGUAAUUAAUGCCAUCGAGCAGGACUACCGGCUGCCGCCCCCCAUGGACUGCCCCAGCGCCCUGCACCAGCUCAUGCUGGACUGCUGGCAGAAGGACCGCAACCACCGGCCUAAGUUCGGCCAGAUCGUCAACACGCUGGACAAAAUGAUCCGAAACCCCAACAGCCUCAAAGCCAUGGCACCCCUCUCCUCUGGAAUCAACCUGCCGCUGCUGGACCGCACCAUCCCCGACUACACCAGCUUUAACACGGUGGACGAGUGGCUGGAGGCCAUCAAGAUGGGACAAUACAAGGAGAGCUUCGCCAACGCCGGCUUCACCUCCUUCGAUGUCGUGUCACAGAUGAUGAUGGAGGACAUUCUCCGGGUUGGGGUCACCUUGGCUGGCCACCAGAAAAAAAUCCUGAACAGUAUCCAGGUGAUGCGGGCACAGAUGAACCAAAUCCAGUCUGUGGAGGUUUGACGCUCACCCGCCUCGGCUCACCUCUCCCUCCAGGCCCCCGCCCCCUCCGCCCCACACGCCGGACCCCUGGUUCUCCGUCCACGUCCACCGCGGGCUCAGCCGCCUGCCAGGAGGCCACGGGCAGCAGGAAGAACCGAGCAGCGCUCCAGCCACGAGACCUCACCAGGAAUAUGUGAAA